AGAAUGACCAUGUGAUAUAUCCCAGGACAGAACCAGAACAUUUUAACUGAAUUUUUUACUUGAAAGUGUAGUUAUAGAAUUUGACUGUAAUGAAAAUAGAGGCUUUUCUUAGAAUGGAAUAAUUGGAGAUAAAAUCAAAGAAAAAAUUAAAGAGAGAGAUAAGGAAAAAGAGAGAGAAAAAAAGAAGCAUAAAAUAAUGAAUGAGAUCAAGAAAGAAAAUGGAGAAGUAAAGAUGUUGCUGAAAAGUGGGAAGGAGAAACCAAAAACAAAUGUAGAAGACUUACAAAUUAAAAAGGUAAAGAAGAAAAAGAAAAAGAAACACAAAGAGAAUGAAAAACGGAAGCAUCCAAAAAUGUAUAGCAAAUCUAUUCAAACGAUCUGCUCAGGAUUGCUAUCUGAUGAAGAUCAAGAAGCCAAAGGUAUCCUAAAUGAUAACAUAAAGGAUUAUGGUGGAAAGAAUUUGGAUACCAAGAACUAUGGUUCCAAACUUCCAGAGAACAGUGAGUUUCCAUUUGUCUCAUUAAAGGAGCCACGGGUUCAGAAUAAUCUCAGAAGGUUGGACACUUUGGAGUUCAAACAGCUCAUUCAUAUUGAGCACCAGCCCAAUGGAGGUGCAUCAGUUAUCCAUGCCUACAGUAAUGAACUCACUCACCUGUCUCCUGUGGAGAUGGCGAGGUUUGCAGAAGAGUUUGUGGGUCUAGUAUUCAGUGAAAAUGAAAACUCUGCAGCUUUCUAUGUAAUGGGUAUUGUUCAUGGGGCAGCUGCUUAUUUACCUGACUUUUUAGACUACUUUUCAUUUAAUUUUCCCAAUUCGCCAGUGAAAAUGGAGAUUUUGGGAAAGAAGGAUAUAGAGACAACAACUAUGUCCAAUUUUCAUGCUCAGUCUCCACCUGUGAUAGCCUGGAUAGUCUGUGAUAGUCCAGAUGUCCACUUCACACCUACCAAACCUCCUGCUUCCACAGUAUAUUUGGUGUAUAUUCUGAAGAAUAUGGUAAAAAGAACGUAUUCUCACGGUACUUACAGAGCUGGCCCAAUGCGACAAAUCAGUUUGGUAGGAGCAGUUGAUGAAGAAGUGGGAGAUUAUUUCCCUGAGUUCCUUGAUAUGUUGGAAGAUUCACCGUUUUUAAAGUGUACACUGCCAUGGGGGACACUAUCUAGUCUAAAAUUAGAGAGUCGAAAAGAUAGUGAUGAUGGUCCUAUCAUGUGGGUACGCCCAGGAGAACAAAUGAUCCCUGUGGCUGAUAUGCCAAAGUCACCUUUCAAAAGGAAAAGAACUACCAAUGAAAUAAAAAACCUGCAGUACCUACCUCGAACUAGUGAGCCCCGUGAGAUGCUCUUUGAAGACAGGACAAGAGCUCAUGCAGAUCAUAUAGGACAAGGUUUUGAACGACAGACUACAGCUGCAGUUGGAGUGUUGAAGGCUGUGCACUGUGGAGAGUGGCUUGAUCAACCCCGAAUAACCAAAGAUGUCAUUUGUUUUCAUGCUGAAGAUUUCUUAGAAGUAGUUCAACGAAUGCAGUUAGAUUUACAUGAACCUCCACUGUCCCAGUGUGUCCAGUGGGUUGAUGAUGCAAAACUUAAUCAACUGAGGAGAGAAGGCAUUCGAUAUGCCAGGAUUCAGCUGUAUGAUAAUGACAUUUAUUUUAUUCCAAGGAAUGUUGUUCAUCAGUUCAAGACAGUUUCAGCUGUGUGUAGUUUAGCAUGGCAUGUUCGGCUCAAGUUAUAUCACUCAGAGGAGGACACUGCUCAGAAUACAGUUACUCAUGAAAUGGGCACAUCACCAGAUUCUACAUCAUCAGUUCUUGGACCUCACAGUGACGAUAGGAUUUGUGCUGAUCCCUCUGCCUACCCUAGCAAGGUAAAUAACAGACUAUAGCUGACUCUUGAAUAACAUAGGUUUGAAUUGCACAGGUCAAUUGAAAAAAUUCUGUGUAUAAGUGGAUCCACGCAGUUCAAACUCUUGUUCAAGGGUCAACUGCAUUUGUUUUCAAAAGAAGCUCUAGAAAGUAAAAUUGGGGUAGGAAACAGGAUUGCCAGUGCCUAGCUAAAGAUUAUUAAAAUAAUUGUCUUCAGUGAUGGAUUUCAGCAACUCUGCUUAUUACAAAUCUAUUUUGUCUUUGUUAUUUUUCUGGGCUUAUACUUUGGUUGAUGACUUUCAACUGGGGUUCUUUGUGCUGCCAUUUGGGCUAGAGUUGCUAUUCUCAUUUCAGUGGUUUCCGCCCCAGCCUCAUUUGUGAUACCCAUAAAACUGCUUAUUUUUCUGGUUAGGAAGAAGCCAUUUAGAAAGAGGCAUUUCAUCAGAAAAAUAUAAACUAUAGCAAUUAUAUCAUCUCUGGCCCCUAGUUGAAAAGAGUAGGCAAAUAUUGUUGGAAAUCUCAAUGGUUUGUGGGAAAUCAAUAUAUUUACAACAUAGGAAUCUUCAUGGAAUAAAGAAGAUACAAAUCAUGAUAAUGUAAAUAAGGACUUUCUUUUAUAUCUUACUGUUUUAUCCUAUCCCUCACUUUAAUCUCCUCUUAAAGCUAAAUUUAUGUAUUUGCACCUACCAUUUCAGGAGACAAAAGUUCGUAACAAACCAGUAUUGAGAAAUAGGGGAUAUUUUUCUGGUUUUCUGCUUUUAAUUGAAGGGUAAUAUAUUUAACAGGAUUUUAGUUCCAAUUUUCCAGUAGCAUACACAUAGAUAUAUAAGAUCAUACUGUAAUAAAAUAUCUUGGGUAUCCCUCCAAAAUAUACGAGCCUUAAUUAAACGUUUAUUUUUUUAAAAUAUACUUUUAUUGCUUUCAGAGAUGAAGGGUUAGGCAGAUAGAAAU